AACCAUCAAGGACCUCCAGGCAGUCAGUAUCACUCCUUCCGGAAAGGAAGAGUCGAGAAUCAAAGAGCGUGUUCCACGCAAGAUCAAUAUUCUUGGAGAUGCGUAUUCAAGUGGACCCUGGAGAUGUCUCGACGAUUUCAUCCAGAGGAAGGAGGUUGCAAAAGGACG